AUGACAACGAGGACGAAAACGACAAUGACAACAUCAUCCACAACAACUACAUCAACAACGACAACGACGACAACAACGACUAUUCCCAAUACAGAUUGCCUGCGUGGGUUUUCGUCGGUGAUACAACUGGAUGUAUUCAAUCUAACAUCGAGUCAACCGUAUACUUAUUAUUCUUACACAUAUCUCGCUGGUAUAGAUCAAACAUCAGCAACAUUGAUAAUCGCAUUGCGCAAUGUUCCCCAGUGGUGGUAUCUUGAUGAUGUGUCAGUUGUUCAAUCCACGAACAAUGGUAGAGGAGUAGAAUUGUUGAGCGAUGGAGGAUUUGAAAGUGGCUCGUUGGCGCCGUCGUGGAAAACCUGUACGGACGGGUCGGAUGACUUUGUCGGCUUCAUAGAACGUGAGAAUCCAAGAACGGGCAAAUGCAGCUUUUACGAUUUCGCAACUCGUCAUUUUGACUAUAUAAGUCAAACAUUUGAAACUGUGCCACGAGAACUGUAUAAUAUCAGUAUGUGGUUGUCUGCAAGUCGUAGCGGUGAUGGUAUUUCAGCUGCGAUUUUUGUCGGUAAUUAG